AUGCUGGACAAGUUCAGAAGCGAUUAUCUAGUCCACUUCUAUGGCGCAGUGAUGAUACCAAACAGAAUCUGCAUGGUCAACGAGUUUUGUGAGUAUGGGAGCAUUCAAGACCUGAUGAAGAAGCACAAAGAGAAGAUCUUGACACACAAAAUGACCGUCAAGUUCCUCCUUGAUGGCGCGCGUGGCAUUCUGUAUCUCCACGAGAAUGGCAUUCUGCACAGAGACAUCAAGCCAGACAACUUCCUUGUCACGUCUAUCCACGAAGACGUUCCUGUCAACGCAAAGUUGACUGACUUUGGCAGUUCGCGAAACAUCAACAUGAUGAUGACAAACAUGACAUUCACAAAGGGAAUUGGAACACCAACAUACAUGUCUCCUGAAGUGCUUGACAAGAGACACUACAAGUUCCCAGCAGACAUCUACUCGUACGCAAUCACAAUGUAUGAGAUCGAGAAGUGGGGACACGCAUUCCCAAAAGAGAAAUUCAAACACGCUUGGGAUGUCGCAAACUUCAUCACAACAGACAAGCGACCCGACAUCGACAAUGGGAUGGACACGUGGACAUAUCAAACUAUCUGCCUGUGUUGGAAAACAAACCCAAAAGAGCGACUGACAGCACAACAACUCGUAGAAACACUCAACAAGAAAUUCGACGAGCUCAAUUUCUUUUCAUCACACUAG